AUGGCUGCGCUUCCCCAUGUAUCUGAAGUAGAGGCAUCGGAGGGCCUUUGGCCAACACCCCCCGGGUGUGGUCUAUUUACUCAAAUCUGUAUUACAGGAAUCGAGGAAGACAGAGAAGGAAGAUCGAAGGUUGAAGGAUCUAGAAGCGAAUAUUCUCCCGUGAGAUUAUUUGCACAAACAUUUGGUGCUUUCAUUGAGAGCACGAGUUAUACUCAACGCAUGCUCAAGGAAUCCGUUCCUCAUAUUUUCCAAUCCACCGAAGCCUUCCAAACAACCAUGGUUGGAAGCAAGCGCACAAGGAGUAAAACCGCCGCGAUGGCUCAAUCCGUGACGGCCCAAAGCCACUCCACCCACGAUCCCGCGAUCAACAUGGUGGCACCACCACCUCUCGCCACCGUGCCACCUACCGGACCCGCGACCGAAUCUAGCAACCUCCGUGGCACCGCCGCCGAACAUGGUGGAACCUCCCAUCAAGGUGGGCUCGUUACCACCACCGACUUAGGCCCGGUCUUGGAGCAACUUCAAGUGUUCCCUCCAUUGCCUCCACGCUCGACACACGCUCUCGCGUACACCUCCAGUGAAACCCUAGCCCGUGUGCAAUUGGGCUCCACACGCUUCUCUCCUCCCGAUCCACAAAGUCAAGCAGAUCUCAACCUGAGAGUUGACCAGCUAGCUCAGAGAGUGGACGACCAAAACGCUCUUAUGAGGCAGCUCCUUAAUCAAAUAAGCGUGGCUCAAAAUCUUGGCCUUGGACAACCAGGCGAAGUGAGAAGAAUAGACGAACGCACCGGUGGGCAGCUCAACGGGCACCAAGCGGGUCGAGCAGGAGCGAGCAGACAAGGGGAUGCACAACCACGUGAUCAGCUUGCCGACAUGUCGCGAGCAUCUGCAAGCCACACACAAAGCAACGUGCGAGAAAGGCUCGGCCCACGACUUGACGUCCGUGCUCGCCUGGGCCCGCAGGGGAAUGUACUUCAAAGGCUAGGCUCCCAGGGAGAUCAAACUGACAAUCGCCGCAAUGAGAAUCGUGAAGAGAGGCGCUCCGCUGCCCACUCGCAGAGAAAUAUUCACGAAAGGCUAGGCCCCCAGGGAGGUCAACCCGGUAACCCUCGCAAUGAGGAUCGUGAAGAGAGGCACUCCAUUGCCCCCUCUCAGAGAACCAACUCUCGCCGUCAAGCUGCAGAAAAUCCCUCGCAAUCGCAGUCCACCAACACGCCUCCUAGGCAGCGCGGACGAGAGGACCGACCCUUGCAGACCAACGAGGAGGUCAAUCAGCGUCGCCCGAAUCGCAAAAGUUGCCAACGUGAUCGACCAGCAAUGCGCGCGGAAGACGUGGAGAAGCUUGUGAAUGACCGACUUCGAGACUUGAAGACUGGCGGGAACCUCGAGGAUGCACUACGUAAGGAGAUGGACCAGGCGAUCUCUACUCCUUUCACCCCUGAAAUCGAGCAGGCUGCUCCCCCGAAGCGAUUCUCAACGUCUUCUUUUACGCAUUUCAAAGGAGAUUUCGAUCCCGAGAGCCACCUAAAACACUUCAAAAGUGUCAUGAUCCUCCACAAGGCCGACGAUGCACUGAUGUGCAAGGCGUUUGCAAUGACAUUGCGAGGAGCAGCUCAGGACUGGUUCCACACCCUGCCAUCUGGGUCGAUCAACAGUUUCAAGGAGCUUGCCUAUGUCUUCACUAAAGAAUACACUUCUUAUCGGACGAUCAAGAAGAACCCAGAUCAUCUGUUCAACCUGCGCAAGAAGCCCGACGAAACCAUUCGAGAUUACAUCAAGAGGUUCAAAGUAGAAAAGGCCAACAUCGUAGGGUGCGACGACCAAAUCGCAUCAUCUGCCUUCAAGAAAGGUCUUCCAGCAGAACACGAGUUAUACCGCGAGCUGACUAUCACUCCCAGCCAGACUUUAGCAGAGGUCUUUGCGACCGCAGAACGCUACGCGCUUUGGGAUGACGAUCGAAUUGCUGCGAAGAAGUCCACUGAGCAGGGAGAUCGGCAGACCAAGCGGGCGGGCAUAAGAAGCGAUGGAUUUAGAACCAAGAACAAGGACAAGCGCAGGUCACACCCACAAGAGGACGCUAAGGCAGGAGAGAACUACACCAAGUUCACUAUCCCUAUACAUCAAAUCCUAGCCCAAGUGAAAAACAAACCUUGGGUAAGAAGACCGCCACCCUUGAAAGGAGACCCAGACAGGAGGGAUACUAGCAAAUACUGUGCCUUCCAUGGGACGCAUGGACACACUACGAACAACUGCUUCGCUUGGAAAGCACACCUCGAAGAACUCGUGAAGGAAGGUCACUGCACGGAAUUCAUCGCUAAGUAG